CAAGUUGGUUUGGAUGAUAGCCGCGGUUCUGGCGGCUGUAGCCGCGAUAUCCAUACAUGGAGACUAUGAAACGAAAUUCGAUGAAGAAGACGAUUUGGAGGAGUACAAUGAACGAGAAGGAAAAUUAUUGUUCCCAUUCGUCAGCAUCGUCCGUUUCGCCAACACGGACUGUUCCAGCACGAAUACCAUGAACGGCACGUGUCUAGCGCGCCGGGAGUGCAACAACCUCAACGGCACCAUCACCGGCUCCUGCGCUAGUAGGAGGGGCCGAUGUUGCAUCGUGUCUCGGACGUGCGGCUCCACGUCGAACGUGAACAACACGUACUUCACGAGCCCGGGGUACCCAGCGGCGUACGCGGGCGGCGCCGCCUGCACCAUCACAGUCAACCGCUGCAAUAACAACAUAUGCCAGCUCCGUAUCGAUUUCUUGGACAUGGUGUUAGCCCAGCCAGACGGAGACGGAAACUGUGCCACCGACUCCAUCACCGUGACUGGUGGGAACACGGUGGUACCAACACUAUGCGGGGACAACACCGGCCAGACCAUAUACGUGGACUUCAACGGAAACAACGCCCUGACCAUAACUGUCACCGCAACAUCAUCCACAACCUUCUCUAGGAGGUGGAACAUACGCCUCACGCAACUGGGGUGCGACUGCCCAGGAAUUGCUCCAAACGGCUGUCUGCAGUACUACACUGGUACUACUGGUACAAUAAACAGUUUUAACUUCGGAGACGCGGCCAAUUCUGCGCUUAGCGCGUCUCUGGUCACGGGCACCAGGCAAAUGGUCAAUCUCAACUAUGGGAUUUGUAUUAGAAUGGAGGCCGGCUUCUGUGCUAUACAGUAUGCACAGACCAACGACGUGUUUUCGUUCACGGUGUCCGGUGACGUGGAGGGAGCUGACCUGACGGUUCUGGGGACGGCCCUAGGCGCGUCCAACGACGGAGCGUGCACCACAGACUUCGUGGUGAUCCCCAAUCCCACGGUGGUGGCCACCGGAGUCGCGGUCGGUACCGACCGGUUCUGCGGUAUCGGUUUCGUCACCGUAAGCAGUGCUAGCAAGCCGUUCGUCCUUUACGUGGUGACAGACGCCAGCGAAGGAGCCACUGCCACCUCACCUCCAGACGUAGCUAACAGAGGCUUCUCUCUCACUUACACACAAAUAGCUUGUUAAAAAGUCUAAAGGUCAUAGCACACUUAUCAACCCGG